AUGAGGUUCUUAGCGAUUGUGUAUGUAGCAGUACUUUUUGUCAUCGCCUCCUCUAGCGUUGGCAGCGCUUUGAACGGGGGGGCGUCGCACGAAUCGCUUGCGUAUCGACGCGCUGAUGAAUCUGCUGCGAACAGUUUAGGCGAGCAUUUCCACGCAGCGCGGUCCUCUUGCCAGUAUCAACAGAAUGCAACAGCCUUUCCGAGUGGAGCAACCUCGAUCGCGCGAACGUCCGAAAGAGAAAGUGCAGGCGAGCAGGAGGAAGCGCCAGCUCAUUUUGACCUCGUCGUCAUUGGAGGCGGCAGCGGAGGCGUGGCUUGCGCCCGCCGUGCUGCUAGCUAUGGCGCAUCUGUGGCGAUUGUGGAGAAGGCUAACAUUGGAGGGACCUGCGUGAACUUGGGAUGCAUGCCCAAAAAGGUAAUGUGGCUGGCCUCUCACCUUGGCGCUUCUUUCGACGCAAUGCCAUACUAUGGCUUUGCAGUUCCGAACGACGAAGAGAAUACACGAAACAGUGCAUCCAAAGCCGAGUCGAAGAAGUUCUCCGCAGGGGGGCGCCUUGCAUUCUCGUGGGAGAGACUUCGGGAGAGUCGAGAUGCCUACGUGUCGCGACUGCGGGACACAUUUGCGAGAUUGCUGAAAGAGGCGAACGUCACAGUUUAUCGCGGUGUUGGCAGACUAGAUGCUUCCUUCGAUCGAACAGGGAAAUCCGGGAAUAGCAGUGCCCAAAGGUGCCGCCCUCGUCACGCAGUUCUGAUCCAAACCCUCGAGGGAAAGGUUCAGCGGGUCACAGCCAACCACGUUCUUAUUGCAACAGGUACCCGACGUCAAGUCCUCGAUAUUCCUGGAGCAGAGUUCGCAAUCAGUAGCGACGGAUUUUUCCAAAUCCAACACCUCCCGCGACGUGUGGCCCUGAUUGGUGCCGGCUACGUCAGCGCGGAACUGGGUGGAAUCCUUCGGCAUCUGGGCGUCGACGUCUCCAUUUUUAUGCGCAAUCAAAGACAACUGAAGCGCUUCGACAAGGAAGCAGUGGAGAGCCUCGAGGCUACACAAAGGGCUUCCGGAAUACAACUGUACAAGGGGGUCAACGCGGUGGAGAUUUCGAUCUCUAAAGCAGAUGGAACGAAACUUUCGGCUUCUUAUACAUUUCACGACCAGACGGAGACGAGCUACCAUCUCGAAGAUUCACUUCUAACUGUCCAUCUUGACAAUGGCGAUGCCCACCAUGGAUUCGACCAUGUUAUCAUGGCUGUCAACCCGGCGCCCGCUAUCGAGGAUCUUGGACUUGAGGAAGCGGGCGUCGAUAUUGACGUAAACAAUGGUGGUUUCAUCAAAGUAGACGCUUUCCAGAAUACGAGCAUACCCGGCAUCUACGCUGUUGGCGAUGUCGUAGGGAAGGCCAUGUUGGCACCAGUAGCUGUGGCAGCAGGCCGUCUUCUUGCAGAUCGUCUUUUCGGUGGAAGAAGCGAAGCUCGCCUAGAUCUCUCCGUCGUCCCUACUGUCGUUUUUUCUCAUCCAGCCCUUGGCGCUGUUGGGAUGACAGAGGAAGACGCUAAAUCACUCUACGGAGAGGAAAACAUUAAUGUCUACACAUCGACAUUCAUAGACUCAUUCUACGCUGCAUGGAGUAUGCCCCCCUCAGCGAAGCCGAAAUCCUUCGUCAAGAUGGUGUGUCUGAAAACGGCAAACGACAAAGUUCUCGGAUUGCAUCUUGUUGGUCGCAAUGUGGACGAGAUGCUCCAGGGAUUCGCAGUUGCGAUCAAACUGGGCGCAACGAAGGCAGAUUUCAACAGCACCUUAGCUAUCCAUCCAACAGCAGCGGAAGAAGUUGUCACGUUGCCUCACCCGAAGCCGGUAACUAGAAGAGCAACGACGAUGGAGGAGAAGAACUUGGACAAAGAAUCUCCAUUACAGCGGCCGGUCUAA